ACUACUUUCAAAACAUUCAUCACGCUGCGCUUCAGGUACAGGCAAAUUUGAAAAUUUUUAGCGCUUAAUAGCCGUGGUAACACAAAAAUGUCGAAAAUAAAACACACAACCGAGAAGGCGUUGGAAAUGCUUCGCACUCUGCCGCGGGUGUCUUUGGCAAACAUCCGGGAUAAUCCAAAUUCAAAGAAACCGCAAAAACGGGGUCGUGGCCAACACAGUGGUGACAAGCACGGUGCCGGCAAUAAAGGUUCGAACCAGCGGCAGAACUAUAUGCGCGUGGGUUACGAAACUGGGAACACGCCGUUCUAUCUCCGCUUCGGCUAUGAACCGUAUUACAAGGGACAUCAUUUGAAGCGAGAAUAUCCGCCGAUCACUUUGCACCAGCUGCAGAUGUUGAUCGAUACCAACAGGAUCGACACCAGUCAGCCGAUCGAUCUAACCACGAUUUGUAACACGGGGUUGUUCAAUAUACGGCCGGAUCAGUUGCAUUACGGCGUUCAGUUGACUGACGAAGGAGCGGACAACUUUCGGGCCAAGGUGAAUCUGGAAGUGCAGCAUGCGCCGGAGUUGGUGAUAGCCGCGAUAGAGCGUAAUGGUGGCGUUAUCCGGACUGCCUAUUACGAUCCACACAGCUUGUACGCUAUUGUAAAUCCGAAGAAGUGGUUCGAAAAGGGAGUACCGAUUCCUAGGCGAAUGUUGCCUCCGCAGGAUGCGGUGGAUUAUUAUAGUGAUCCCAGAAACCGUGGUUAUUUGGCGGAUCCUGAGCAGAUUAGCAGAGAACGGCUAGUGUUGGCACAGAAGUAUGGGUAUGAACUUCCAAAGAUUGAAGAGGAUCCGCAGUAUGAGAUGCUAACGGCGACCAAAGAUCCGAGGCAGAUAUUCUACGGAUUGAACCCAGGUUGGGUGAUAAGCUUAAAGGACAAUGCUAUUAUUAAACCAAAGGAGUAGUGUUGUAGAAAGAGAAAUGAUUAAACAAAUAAAAGAGUACAACAUUUUUUUUUAUAAUUCA